ACUAUAAAUCUCACGCUACACCAGCUCUUCUUCAUAUAACACAUUUUCAAAACCCAAAACAAAACAAAAAAAACUUCAUUCAUCCUCUCAAAGGAUCAUAAAUUUUUCCAAUAGAUUUAAAAAAUAUCAUCACCAUGUCUAAGGUUCAUCCUGCAGAAAAACCAUGCCAAGAUUUGUUUUUAGAACCGGAGAAUGAAAAACAGGUUGAUAACCGUGUUCUUGAUCAUGGAAAAGCAUGCACGUUAACGGUUUGGAAACGGUCCAGCAUGAGUUUUCAAGGUACCGACGGGUUCACGGUGUUUGAUCCGAACGGAAAAUUGGUGUUUCGGGUGGAUAAUUAUUCAAGAAAGAAUCGUUUCGUUAACAACGGUCUUGUUCUGAUGGACGGAGUCGGCAAUGCUUUGCAAACAUUGAAACCUCAGAAGAUGAGCAUGCAAUACCAAUGGAAUGCAUAUAGAGGAGACGAUGGUUGCGGAAAUAAUCAACGGGUUAAAUUAUUUUCGAUGCGAAGCUCUUCGGUGAUAUUCCACACGGGCAAAAAUGUAGCGGAGAUUUUCAUCGGAGGGUUAACGAAACAAGGUAGUCAGAAGCCAGAUUUUGUGGUGGAGGGUUCAUUUAGAGCUCGAGACUGCAAGAUCAAGACCGGUGACGGAGAUUUGGUAGCGAAAAUGUCCCGGAAAAGAGUAAAUAAUACUACGGUUUUGCUGAGCGAUGAUGUGUUUAGCUUGGUGGUGCAGCCUGGUUUUGAGACACAGCUUGUUAUGGGAUUCGUAAUUGUAUUGGAUCGGAUUAGUAAUAAGCCGUUUGCUCCUGUUUUAUGUUCUUGAGUCUAUUGUGUAUACAAAAUUAUUAGUGUAUAGAAUCUUUUACACGUAAAUUUGAUUAUAGAUUGUUUUCUCUA